GUUGGGCGUUCCAAUUUCUCCUAUUCGUUUUAAUAGAAGUGGCCCAUCUCGGUUUAAAUGCGUAUUAGCUGCACAAGCCUUUCUGGGCGUGGUUGGUCGAACUUUACUACUUUUUUUGCAUAGACUUCCAGUUAAGUGUUUGUAGCAGAACAGUUGUAGGGGCUGUUGUGGAAGGGAUUGGGUCACAUCGUCACAGACUGAAACAAGCAACCAUGACUUCAACAAAUAUGUUUCAGGGACUUGAUAAUUCUAAACCAAGUUCAAGGGUACUAAGACCUCCAGGUGGAGGGUCCAGCAAUUUAUUCGGCAGUUAUGAGGAAGACACUUCUGCGUCUAGACGGCCAAACAAGAUGUCCUCCUCUAUUUUUGCCCCUGCAGAAGAGCCUCAGGGUAGUUUCAAACGCUCCAAUCCCCCAGGAGGGAAGAGCAGUGGGAUAUUUGGGGGGCAAGAGGCUUCUCCGACUCAAAACAAGCCAGUGCCGCCUGGUGGAGCAUCCAGUAACAUCUUUGGGAGUGCAGAGUCAACCCGACCUACUUUUAAAAGCCAUCCCAACAAACCAAAGGACAACUUAAGUGUGGGUGUACCUGCUACACCGGAUCCACCAGCACCAGUGGCUAAACUGGAGACUGCAGUUGAGAAGGUGAAAGUAGAGGGAGUUUCUCCUCAACCCACACCUGAAAAAGAGCUGCCUGUACCAACAGUUAAUGAGAAUUCUGUGCCAGCCACAAUGCAACCACCAGAAAAGGACCAUGAGCCUCGCCUCGGAGCACGCCCUCGCUCCCACAACAAAGUGAUUAACCCACCUGGUGGAAAGUCCAGUGUUGUUUUCUAUUAGCCCUUUCUUUCAUUGUCUCUUUCCCAUCUGUCUUUUGUGUCUCUACUACUUCUGCUUUGUACUAAAACUUCUUUCUUUAUAUACUUUUUCCUCCAUUAUUCUCUGCAUGUUUUUUUUCUUCGCUCUCAUUCCUUGUUUGCUUUUGCACUUUCAUGUUCAUUCCUCACUUCUCCUUUGUCCUUUUCAUUUAAUUCGAAUCACUGUUAAUGUCACACACAAAAUGUUGUUUUUUUUUUCAUUCAAAUGGUUUGCAUUGACUUCUUUAUAAGAGUAUGUUCUCUGAAUUUGAUAAUGUAUAAGUUUGCCUUACAAUGAAAUUCAGCAGAGCCUAUGCAAUGUUCAACUGGAAUGAAUCACUGUCUGUUGCUAAAGAAAGCUCUUCAGUAAAAGCAUGUACCUUAGAUCAAAUGUACCUUUUGAAACUCAGUGAAUGUGUUCUGAUGGACAUGGAAAUGAUAGAUUUACUUUUGUGCAAUAUGGUGACUUUAUUUCUCAUUUUAUUCCUCAUCCAAAUCUCCCUCUCUCUUGCAUCUGCUUAGUAAGACACAAAGCCAGGCAUAAAAGCAAUAGCUCAGAUGCCAAACCAAAAAAUGCACAACUGAUAAUCGCCAAUGCCAAAGUGAACACACACGUGACUGUGGAUAGUAAUGUGUACAAUCAAAUAUUAUUAACAUAACACAUCACAAUAUUGAAAUGUUCUGUCCAUAUAAAAUUCAUACAGGUCAGAUAAUCAAAACAAAUGCAUCGGCAACAUGCAUACAAAUGUAACUAGUGAGCCUUAAACUCAGAAAAACCUUGAGCAUCAGAGGUUUUUCUGAGUACUUGAAAAGUGUUGCUGUGCCGUGCUUUCGAAUUUGACCUUUCUUCCCUGUAGCAAUUAGCAGCAUGUUUGUUAUAAAUUAAAAUGGCAUUUGGCCAUAUGUGGCACGUCUAUGAGAGUGAGCAUUUUUAACAUAUUAGUGCCAUCCCUGCUUGAAAUACUUUAGACAUUGCUUGGCAAUGUGACUGGCUGAGAUAAUGUCUUACAGUAAACCUCUGUGUUGUUUAUUUGUAUGCUGUUUUGUAUUGCUGAUUUUUUUUUUUUCAUGACAAUAAAAUAAUGUUUUAUGAUGUUGCUCAAAAUAAACUAACCCAUAUCUUCA